AUGCAUGAUGGAUCUUCUACUAUUAGUACAGCACUUGAUAACUGCAAAUUCCUUACUAAUCUCAACUUUUCAAUUUGUAGAAAUAAAAUUGGUGAUAUAGGAGCCAAAAAUAUAGGAUUGGGUUUGAGUAACUGCACUCAUCUUACAAAUUUAGAGUUAGGCAUAAGCGAAAAUUAAAUUGGGUAUGAUGGAGCUUUAACUAUUGGAACAGCAAUUGGUAAAUGCAAAUUCCUAACUAAUCUCAAAUUUUCAAUUUUUGGAAAUAAAAUUGGUGAUAAAGGAGCCAAAAAUAUUGGAUUAGGUUUGAGUAAUUGCUCUCAACUUACAAAUUUAAAAUUAGACAUAAGCUCAAAUUAAAUUUGUGAUGACGGAGCUUCUACUAUUGUUACAGCACUUGGUAACUGCAAAUUCCUUACUAAUCUCAACUUUUCGAUUUAGGGCAAUAAAAUUGGUGAUAAAGGAGUCAAAAAUAUUGGAUUAGGUUUGAGUAACUGUACUCAACUUACAAAUUUAGUUUUUAGCUCAGAGUGA